CGGCCUGCUGCUCUGAUUGGCGGCUCCAACUGCGGACGCCUACCCUGGGGUCGGCUGUCCCCGCCCCCUCCAGGUCUCCUCGGGGCGCAACCCGCGGUGCAUCCCGGCACUGCGACUCUGGACAGCGGCCCCGGAGGAAGGCUCCAGAAUGAAAAUGUGGCUCUUGGGUUUGGUGUUCUGUUUGGUCCUUGGGACCCUGCAUUCCGAGACAUCCAGAGGGAAGCUGACAGUGGAUCCUGAAACAAAUAUGAAUGUGAGUGAAAUUAUCUCCUACUGGGGAUUUCCUAGUGAGGAACACUUCGUCGAGACAGAAGAUGGAUAUAUUCUUUGCCUCCACCGAAUCCCUCACGGGAGGAAGAACCAUUCUGACAUAGGUCCCAGACAAGUAGUGUUCCUGCAGCACGGCCUGCUGGCAGAUUCCAGCAACUGGGUCACAAACCUGCCCAACAGCAGCCUGGGCUUCAUUCUGGCAGAUGCUGGUUUCGACGUGUGGAUGGGGAACAGCAGGGGAAACACCUGGUCUCGGAAACACAAGACGCUUUCUGUUUCUCAGGAUGAAUUCUGGGCCUUCAGUUAUGAUGAGAUGGCAAAUUAUGACCUCCCAGCUUCAAUUAACUUCAUUCUGAAUAAAACUGGCCAACAACAGGUAUACUAUGUGGGACAUUCUCAAGGCACUACGAUAGGUUUUAUAGCGUUUUCACGGAUCCCGGAGCUGGCCAAAAAGAUUAAAAUGUUUUUUGCCCUGGCUCCUGUGGCUUCAAUCACGUUCUCUACUAGCCCUAUAACUAAACUAGGACGAUUACCUGAUCUUCUCAUUAAGGAUGUAUUUGGGGUCAAACAAUUUCUACCCCAGAGUGCAGUUUUGAAGUGGCUGAGUACGCAUGUUUGCAAUCAUGUCAUUCUGAAGGAGCUUUGUGGAAAUGUCUUCUUUGUUCUCUGUGGAUUUAAUGAGAGAAAUUUAAAUAUGUCUAGAGUGCCUGUGUAUAUAACACACUCUCCUGCUGGAACUUCUGUACAGAACAUGAUACACUGGAGACAGACUUUUAAAUCGCAAAAGUUUCAAGCCUUUGACUGGGGAAGCAGUGCCAAGAAUUAUUUUCAUUACAACCAGACUUACCCUCCCACUUACAAUGUGAAAGACAUGCUUGUGCCGACUGCUGUGUGGAGCGGGGAUCAGGACUGGCUGGCGGACGUGAAGGACAUCAGUAUCUUACUGACCCAGAUCACCAACUUGGUGUAUCACGAGGCCAUUCCUGAAUGGGAGCAUCUUGACUUUAUUUGGGGCUUGGAUGCCCCUUGGCGGCUCUAUAACAAAAUGGUGAAUCUGAUGAGGAAAUACCAGUGAAAGCCAGACUGGAGAAAUUUACUGUCAAGUCAGUAAUUGAAUGGUGUUCAAAUUUAUUGGCUUAAAUUUCUCCGAAAUACUUGUUUUUCUUUCUCAGGCCUUUUGUGUUUUUCUGUCUCAGAAAAUUAUGGCGUUGAUGAUGCCCAGCUAUGGUUAGAAAUUCACUUGCUUUUUUGUUUAAUCACGGCCAAAUAUGAAGCUAGUGUCUCAACCAUGUAAGUCUUUAAAAAAUCUGACUGACUUGUGAAAGGUCAUAACCAUUCUGUUUAUCCAUACAAUGUAAAACACACUAUAUUGCUUUUUUACCCCCACACAGGACACAUUGAUGUAUGUGUGGCAAUUUUUAAACUGUGUUGCUCAUUGGUAAGUAGUCUGACACUGAUUUGAGGAAAGCUUGGUAAAUAAGCACCCAGUUCUCUCUUUGCCUUGCCAGGCUCUCCAGUGGAAUAGCCUUGUAUUAGGGAUCCCAAUGACCCUUUCUCGUCAGUGCUGAGUCAAAUCCAGUGACACCCUAGCCAUGCCAGUUAUAAAGAUUCUAUAAUGAAUUUUAUCCAAUCUAUCUGCGAUCAUUGUUAUUUAACAAAUGUUUAAAUUGCUCAGAUGACGUGUGGAAUUCAAAAAGAAAUUCCACUCAUUAAAAACGAGGACUCUAUUUUAAAUAGCUUGAAGACUGAUACAGCCAACCAUUUAUAUUCACGAAGUCUUGUGUGGCAGGUCAUAAAGCUACUUGUUUGAGAAGAAAAGUCCCGUGGAGAAGUGAUACCACUAUUUUUCCUGAAGUGAGUGUACUUUCGUAACCAGCUGCUGCAGCUCAGUGACAACGUGUGUGAAGCAAAAGCCAUGAGGCUGCCCGUGAACAGUGUCCUAAUUCAUUUUUACACAAAAGAAAUAUGAAUGUGAAUGUUUUAAGAUUAAAGCUCAGGGAAUCGCUAUGUUUUUCAGUUCUGUAUGUGUCCAUAUUUGUAAUACUCUUGAUUUGCACUCCUGUGUCAGGAAGCCUAUAUUCACUUGCUUUUCUCACAGCAUCCUUUCCUUGCAAUACUGUCAGAUGGACAGAAUGACAGUUGAUAUGUUUUUCUGAUAAUAGUUACUUUAAUUGCAAUAAUAAACGACACUUUGUAUUAGCUAAUA